AUGCAUCCAGCCGCGUCGUCUUUUGGCGAGUACUUCCAGUUCUUCCCCGCCGAGAUGUACCACCAGCAGCAGCUGCUGCUGCUGCAGGAGGAGGGGACCCUGGAAGCGGUGCUCUGGCAGCCGGUGACCGCUCCAGCUCCGGCGGAGCGGGGGGAGCCGGGGAAUGAUGGGGCGCCGGGGCCAGGGGGUGCAGUCGUCGGGGCGGCGCGGAAGAGGCCGUUCCGAACGGACCGGCACAGCAAGAUCCGCACGGCGCAGGGGGUGCGCGACCGCCGGAUGCGGCUGUCCGUCGGCGUGGCGCGCGAGUUCUUCGCCCUGCAGGACCUCCUCGGCUUCGACAAGGCCAGCAAGACGGUGGAGUGGCUCCUCACGCAGUCCAAGCCGGCCAUCGACCGGCUUGCCGACGGGACCCCGGGCGCUGCUGCCGCCGCUGCAGGACCGUCCAAGGAGAAAGGGGAGGGGGCGACCUCCUCCGGCACCGGCUGCUUCGAGGAUGCGAGGGAGGAAGAGCACGACGUCAGAGAUCUGAUGAAAGGCAUCGGCGGCGAAGGUGAGCUUGACUGGUUCAUGUCGGAGGCGGCGGCGAUAGGGCAUCCGAUGGAAGGAUUGGACUAA